AUCCAAUACUAAACACCCCAUCACCCCUUCCACCCCUCUCCCCUUCCCCAUUUCCCCACAAUCCCCACCAUUUCCUAACUCUAUGAUUUAUCCAUAUCCAGACCAGGAUUCUUUGCAGCUGGGAAGACUGAUCAUGUAGACAACAUGGGAUCCAGAAUCAAAGAAAGCCCAGAAAGGACAUUCGAGUUAUUUAUCGAGGCCUCAUGUCCAAAAUCAUCAGAUGUUGACCCUGAAGUGCUUAGGCAGUUUCCUGAAGAUUACAAUGACCAGGAAUCUCUGCAGAGCCUGCCCAAAUUCUGCUUUCCUUUCGAUGUGGAAAGGGUGUGGGAGAGCUCAGUGGUCCAGCAGUUCACCUUCGUGCUGACAGAUCUAAAUGGAAACCAACGGUUUGGCUUCUGCCGGCUGACUGGAGGAUCAAAGACCUGUGUCUGCAUCCUCAGUUUCUUGCCCUGGUUUGAAGUUUUCUACAAGCUCCUAAACAAUAUCGCUGACUGCCUGGCAAAAGGACAGGACAAUGAAGUGAAAGAACUCUUAAGAAUCCUGUAUAUUCACCCACCUCCCCAACCAGACUCUCCACUCAAACUUGAACUUGCCCAGAAGCUGGGAGUUACAACAGGACGGUUUCUGAAAGAUCAGAAGAGGGAUCCUAGUAGUGGUAUGCUAUCGCUUUCUUAUUUUAUUGCCCCCGACAGCAACAGCUUACCUACUAUACCAGAGAGUAGGAACCUGACAGAAUACGUGGUUGCUGUGGAUGUGAACAACAUGCUGCACCUCUAUGCCAGUAUGCUCCAUGAAAGACGCAUCAUUAUCACCUGCAGCAAGCUCAGCACGUUAACUGCUUGUGUACACGGCUCAACCUCGAUGCUGUAUCCCAUGUACUGGCAGCAUAUCUACAUCCCUGUGCUCCCUCCACACCUCCUUGAUUACUGCUGUGCUCCAAUGCCUUACGUCAUAGGGAUCCAUUCAAGCUUGAUGGAGAAAGUCAGAAGCAGAGCUCUGGAGGAUGUGGUUAUAUUAAAUAUUGACUCAAACACACUGGAAUCGCCAUUCAAUGAUCUGGAUAAGUUGCCGCCAGAUGUGGUGUCCGUUCUGAAAGUGAAGUUGAAAAAGCAGUCCGCAGUUACUGGCGAUGUGGUGGCAAGAGCCUUUCUCAGGGCACAGGCUGCAAUCUUUGGAAGCUAUCAGGAUGCUCUUAAAUUUAACUCUGAUGAACCAGUCACAUUUUGUGAGGAGAUAUUUUUGAAUCACAAACCUGCCUGGAUGAAGGAUUUCCUGCAACAUGCAGUACAUCUUCAGCUCUUCAAACAGUUUAUAGACAAUCGACUGGAGAAACUUAAUCAAGGGAAAGAAUUGACAGAUAUAUUUGAAGAAGAAGUCAAUCUAGGUGGCUUUUCAUCAGGCUGCUCCAAGUUGUGGAUUCAAAACUUUAAGAAAGGUGGUGGAGCUCUGAUUCACACAGUGAGAUCCAAGACCAAUCCAGCCAUGAAGAAUAUGUAUAAAUAUGCUAAAGGUCAAGCUAAAUUAGGACUGAAGGAUUUGAAAAGUCGACUGAAACACAAGGAGUUGAGUGUGGAGCGAGGGGUUCAGCGCGGGGGCUCCCUGAGGUGCGAGUCCAUAGGAGGCUCCUCCCAUCAAAGGCGUAUGCAGUCGGAGAGUUUACAGAAUCGCCUGCCCAUCACCCAGCACUUUGGCCAGUCUCGUCCUCGGCGACCAGCUGCUCGCUCCACCAACGCAGAUGCUGUGCUGCCCCCUGGGACAGACAGAUCCAACAGUAGAGAGCUGGGGCUGGAGAGCUCACUGUACACCAUUGAAGAUGAGCUUCUGGAUUGUAACCUUAUGCAGGAUGAGGAUAUGGAUCUACUCGGUGAGAUCUUUGACACGCUCAGCACACGGACAGUACACGACAAGGGUCUUCUGUAUGGUACUCGCAGCCUUGAUUUCCACAACUUGGAUUCAAUGGAGGAUAUCCGUAGGCUUAAAGACAUCAAUCCCAGUGAGGAAAAUCUCAGCUGCAAGAGUCGGAGGGAGUCUGAACCAGUUCAGCCUGGCAGUUGGGGUUUGGACGGUUCUGCAGAGUGUGUGAAGUCCCUAUCAGCUUCUCUGGAUGAAUCAUCAGGCCUGUCGUCAGUGUCCAAUAGCCAGCCAGACCUCAGGGAUUCUGGCAGUCUCUCCAGCAGCAGUCAUGAAGAAAACAUAACAGCUCCCAAAGCAGAGACAUUGAAAUGCAAUUCUCUGAUCAACAACAACACAACAGACCCCGGACCAACAGAGGAGCCUUCAUCCAACUCCCUGUCUGCCAAAGCCAAUGAUAAAUGUACAGGGAUUCACUGGGAUAAAGGAUCUUCACUAGCCCAGUUCAACGAAACAUUGGCUGAAAAUGGAGAUUCUCAGCUGGAGGUGAGCAAGAUUAGAGGUGAAGUGCAAACUGAGACUGUAGGGCUCGGUGAACUGAAACUAUCUGAAGGUGAAUUGAAGCAGCAGCAUGGACAAGAAGCAGCGGAGGAUCACGUCGAGAAUGCAGUCGUGUGCACAGAAAUUAUACCUGACCAGACCAAGAACACUGAAAAAUGUCCACCACCAACUGCUCCUAAAGUAUCAACCAUGGGGCGGAGAGGAAGGCUGACUGCCCAGGCCAACAAAGGAUUAGGUGGCAGUGAUACAAAGGGGGAGAGGUCCGAUGGCCAGGAAAUGGAAUCCAAAGAGCCAGUUUCACACACCGAGUUCCCUCUGUCUGCUCCUGCAGGCAUGCCCACUGGUGGGGAGGAAUCAACUCCCCCCAUACAGUCGGCCCUCUCUUAUUUCAAGGCUCGCUCAGGGGAACAAAAGGCUGAUUCCGUGAGAGGGAAGGUGCAGCAGUCACCAGCCUCAGCCGGGGGGAGCCUGGGCAGAAGUGGCAAAGCCGAGUGUAAAGAGGACCUUAAUGCAGGAAAGGCCGUCCCUGAGCUCACCACCUCAAAUAAUGGGAGGCCGGGCAAAAGUCCACCAUCUCCAGAGAGCGAGAAUCAGAGACCUGAACCAGCAACACCUAGUGAUAAAGAUUCUGACAUUACAGCUCCCAAAACAGUUUCAGAGCUAAAGAAGAGAUUUGAAUCCUAGCCAACAACAGAAUUUCUAAUUGACUUUUUCCGAGGUUGGGGCAUGUGUUUUCCUAACCGAAUAUUGGAUAUGUUGGGUUUCUGAUCUUUGCUUUGUGGCUGUGUGGCAUGUCACCCAUUAGUUUCCAGGUCAGUGACCAGAAAAUUUUUUUUUACUUAUAUCAAAGAACUGAGCUGAAGCCUUGAAAGAUGUCCAUUGUAAACUGGAAGAGCGAUUUUUAAUCUUUCCAAAAACUUCUUCCACUCAGUAACUGUUUUAAGAAAUGGCUUCCUGAACAACGACUCAAGCUCCAGAAAUGUCCAGAGGAGGGAUAGGGCCUGGUAUUUAGAAAGUAAGCCAAUAUUUUUUCAGAGUUUUCUAUAUUUAAAAGAGCAAUGUGCAGUAUAGGGGCUGCAAACAGGUCCUCACACAAUUGGCUUUGUGACAGGACAAGAAAUAUGUUAUUAGUUGUGUGAAGUAGAGUGCAAGUUUGAGAUAACUUGUUCAACAUCCUGCAAAUUUGAUUGAAGUGCAGGGGAUACCUAAACAAAGUAAAUCUUUGUCUUAAUUCUUCAUUUUGUGAGUCAUAAAGAGGUGAAAUAUUGGGAUUUCAGACCAUAAGAUGUCAGAACACAAGUGGGCCAUUCACUCUAUCAAUGAGAUCACAGCUGAUUUACUAAUCCUUAACUCCACUUCCUGGCUUUAUCACCAUAACUCAUCCUUACACUUUAAAAACCUGUCUGUCUCAGCCUUGAAUAUUGUUAAUGCCUCAGGUAAAGAAUUCCACAGAUUCACUACACUCUAACUCAAUAAAAUCAUUCUCAUUUCUGUCUUAAACACUUACUCUGAGAUGAUGUCCUCUGGUCCUACACUCUCCCACGACAGGCAUUAACAUCUCAGUAUCUUCUCUGUCGUGACCCCUGAAAUCUUUUAUGUUUCAAAAGAAUCUCCUGUUAUUCUUCAAAAUUCCAAUGAGUACAGCCCAACCUAUUUACUAUGAAACUGCCUCCAUAUCCAACCCUAAUAAAGUUUCUCUGGACUGUCUCCAGUGCCAGUAAAUCUUUUGUUAUGUAAGGGAAUCAGAAAUGUUCACUGUAUUCCAGCUGUGGUCUAAUUUGUGCUAUGUAUAGUUAUUGCAAGACCUCUCAGUUGUUAUCCACUAUCCCAUUGGAAUGAAGACCAACAUGCCAUUUGCUUUUCUUUGUUCCUGCUGAAUUUGGAUGCUUGCUUUUUGUGAUUCAUACACAAGGAUCCCCAAAUUCAUCUGUUCCAUAGCUUUCUACAGUUUUUCUCAGAUGAAAUAAUAUCAUCUCCUGUAGUUUCCUAUCAAAGUACAUAGCCUCACAUUUUAUUCCAUCUGCUAAGUUUUUGUCCAUUCACUUAACAUGUCCAUAUCCCUCUACAGAAUCUUUGAACAUCCUUAACAUUUGCUUUCCCACUUGUUUUCAUCUCAUCAGCAAACUUGACAAUGUGGCAUUAAUUUCCCUCAUGCAAGUUAUUAAUAUACAUGAUCAAUAAUUAUGGCCCCAGCACUGAUCCCUGUAGCACUCCAUUCAUUACUACUGUAUUCUGAAAAUGCCACCCUUUAGCUGUACUCUGUCUUCUACUAGUUAGCCUGUCCUCUAACCAUGCUUAUGUGCUAGCACUGUGGAUUGUCUUCUUAUUAAAUAACUUUAUAACAGUACCUUAU